UUUCAAAACUUAAACCAAGCCUCCGAAAGUCCACACGGCGAUUUGCUCUCCGUCUUUUCUGCCGGAAAGUCUUCUCGGAGGUGGCGCACGAUCGGACUGGGGGGAAAAAAAAAAACAUAUCUAUAAGUUUUAGAGGGGUAAUAAUACCAAGAGACGAACCCCCAAAAGAUCCCGAUCGGUAGCCCCUGUUUCAGCGGGCGCAAGUUUUUUUUUUUUUUUUUUUACCUUUCACUUGUGUGUUUUUGUUUUAAAACCACAAAAAAAAAAAAAAAAAAAAUGAAUCGGAGCUUUAAUCGAUCCCAACCCCUGCGGAACGUGGAUCUUAACGCCGUGGAGGUGAAAAGCAAGUACGGCGCUGAGUUCCGCCGCUUCUCGGUGGACCGCCUCAAGCCGGGUAAGUUUGAGGAGUUCUACAAGCUCAUCCUGCACAUCCACCGCAUCGCCAACAUGGAGGUGAUGAUCGGGUACGCCGACGUGCACGGCGACCUGCUGCCCAUCAACAACGACGACAACUUCUGCAAGGCCGUGUCCACGGCGCACCCCCUGCUCCGGAUCUUCAUACAGAGACAAGAAGAAAUGGACUAUGCUAACUUUGGCAACAACACCAUCACCCGCAAGAAGAAGACCGUGGUCGCCCUGCGCAACAAUGACAUCAAUCGGAAGAGGGCACACAUCCGCAUUGGCAUGCCGCAAGACUUCCGGCCCGUCUCCUCCAUUAUCGACGUGGACAUCCUGCCGGAAUCGCAUCGCCGCGUUCGACUCUACCGCCACGGCUCGGACAAACCCUUGGGAUUUUACAUCCGUGAUGGAACCAGUGUCCGCGUGACACCGCACGGGUUAGAGAAGGUGCCGGGGAUCUUCAUAUCCCGGCUGGUUCCCGGCGGGCUUGCAGAGAGCACGGGUUUGCUGGCAGUUAAUGACGAAGUCCUAGAAGUGAACGGUAUCGAGGUGAGCUGGAAGUCACUGGACCAGGUCACGGACAUGAUGAUCGCCAACAGCCACAACCUGAUCGUCACCGUCAAGCCUGUCAACCAACGCAACAACGUGGUGCGCAGCAGCCGCAUCUCUGGAAGCUCGGGCCAGUCGUCGGACAGCAGCGGGUCCACCGGUUACCCGACACUGUCCGUGGCUCCAGGUGGAAUGGUGCCCUCGGGAGCUCAGGGCUACCAGGACGACCUGGAGAGCGAUGACGAGACUGACAUAGUCAUCGAGAACAGCCUGAAGCGGCCGUCCCAGAGGUCUAAUGCUUCUUUAGCUUCCAGCAUUUCUCGCUUACACCACCAGCAAACGCCGAGCACUGUCGCUCCAGAUUCCGCAGCGCCGCCCAGCCCUCCGCGCCCCCCUUCGGUUGUAUCCACCGUUUCCUUUCACUCCCAGACGAGCCUUAACGGGGGGUCGCACCACCACCACCACCACCACCAGCAACACAGCAACCUGAGCUACCAGCUCCUCAGAGACCUGAACCUCCAACAGAGUCAGCCCAGUUCCCAGCUGCCCUACCACAGCAGCAACCCGGCCCUCCGUCACAGCAAUGGGAGCCUGCACAAAAUCCUCAGCUCGCUGAAAACGGACCCACGACACAGCCUGGCCAUUCCCAGGGGAGGGGUGGAGGAGGAUGGCACAGUCAUCACGCUAUAAUACCUGCAGGUAUCUCGUCCAGACAGGAUAAUGCCACGGAACACCAGCUCAAAUUCAAAGACUUUUGUUAUUUCCCUCUCCUACCCCCCCCCCCCCCACAUCGUCAAGAUAAUUACUUUAAUAACAGGAAGUUGCACACCAAGGAUCAUGGAAAUUUGUUGUACUGUAUAUACACUUUGAAAUGUUUUUGUCGUCUGUCUCGCGUCCAAAAAUGUCUACGUAAUAUGCAUCAGAACAAGUGAUGUCCUUUUUUUAAAAGCGCAAUGACCACUUUUAUCUAGUUACUUUUUGUUCUUAAUACUGGGAUCAAACUGGGGUUUUCUUACGGACAUGUUUAUUGGCAGAGUAAAUCUGUUUCUUGUUUUCUUGGAUGCAUAAAGUAUGCAUUUUAAUGUUUUCGCUUUUUUGACUGUGAUGAAAUUCUUGUAUCUGCUCCAAUAAAUUAUUCAUUUUCACAUCGUA